AUGAUGCAGUUUAACAUGAUCUUUGUGUUGGUUCUCUGCUUCAUUACCAUAUAUGGUAAAGUGUUAAUGAAUGCAGAUUUAACAAAUUCAAAGACGAAUGGUGAAUUAGAUGGAUUUCAAAUUCAACAAAAUAUCAUCGACGAAAUGAAUGAGCAAGAUCGCCAUCAGAAAAAUUUACCAGACAUAUUUGAAUCACCAGCUGGUUUACAAGAUGAUGUUCAACUCUUCCAACAGAAAUUACACGCAAUCCAACACCGUCUUCGUUUCUAUGUUUCUACGUCAAAAAAUAGUGAAAGCAAUAGCAGUCCAAUUUUGCCGUCAGAUACUACAGAUAAUAAUUUAUUCGUUGCGAAUCGCAGAGCAAUCAUCGGAUCUCUGGAUGCGGAUGAGAAAGAUUUGAAAUUAAGUACACCUUUUGACUCGUUUCGAACUGCACGUUUGUAA